UGCUUCCGAAAUGGGGCCGGCUAACUUAGCCCCUCCCACACGCCCAAGGGUCUGUUAUAUCUGUGUUCCUUGAGUACCUCUCCCUGAGACCGACCACAGCAAGCAGAGGCUGAAAUAAAAAGCAAAGAGGAGGAAAACAAAAGCUGCUACUUAUGGAAGAUAGAAAGGGUUCUGAAUUGAAGAAAUUUUGCCACAAAAAUAUUCUGGCCAUUCUUGGCUUCUCCUCUAUCAUGGCCGUGGUAGCUUUGAUUGCUGUGGGGGUGUCCCAGCACAAACCUUUGCCAGAAAAUGUUAAGUAUGGAAUUGUGCUGGAUGCAGGCUCUUCCCACACAAGUUUGUACAUAUAUAAGUGGCCAGCCGAAAAGGAGAACGACACAGGAGUGGUGCAUCAGUUAGAAGAAUGCAAGGCGAAAGGUCCUGGAAUCUCAAAAUAUGCCCAGAAAGUAGAUGAAAUAAAAACUUACCUGGCUGAAUGCAUGGAAAAAGCCAGGAAAGUGGUUCCAAUCUCCCAGCACCAAGAGACACCUGUUUACCUGGGAGCUACAGCAGGCAUGCGGUUGCUCAGGAAUGAAAGUGAAACAGUGGCAGACAAGAUCCUGGAUAUGGUGUCGAAGACCCUCGACGAGUACCCCUUUGACUUCCAGGGUGCCCGGAUCAUCACUGGCCAAGAGGAAGGUGCCUAUGGAUGGAUUACCAUCAACUAUCUUAUGGGAAAUUUCCCUCAGAAAUCAAGUUGGUAUGGUCUGAUCUCACAUGAAGAAGAUAAACAAACCUAUGGAGCUCUGGACCUUGGGGGAGCCUCUACACAAAUCACUUUUGUGCCCUCAAGUAAUGAAACUAUCGAGUCCCCAGACAACUCUUUGCAAUUUCGCCUCUAUGGCAGGGACUACAACGUAUACACACACAGCUUCUUGUGCUAUGGGAAGGAUCAAGCACUCUGGCAGAAACUGGCCAAGGACGUUGAGGAUACAAGUAAUGGAAUCCUUAAAGACCCGUGCUUCCACCCUGGAUAUGAAAGGGUAGUCAACAUAAGUGACCUUUACAAGACCCCCUGUACCAAGAGAUUUGAGAAGACACUUCCAUUCCAUCAGUUCCAAAUUCAAGGUGUUGGAGACUAUCAACGAUGCAAUGAAAGUAUCCAAGAGCUCUUCAAUACCAGUAACUGCCCUUACUCUCAGUGUGCCUUCAAUGGGGUUUUCUUGCCACCACUUCAAGGGCAUUUUGGGGCAUUUUCAGCUUUUUAUUUUGUGAUGAAUUUUUUAAACUUGACAUCAGGAAGCUCUUCAGAACAAGCGAUGAAGACGAUGGUAAAUUUCUGCUCUAGGCCCUGGGAGGAGAUAAAGACAUCUUUUGUUGAAGUAAAGGAAAAGUACCUGAGUGAAUACUGCUUUUCGGGCACCUACAUCCUGGUCCUCCUUCUGAAAGGCUAUAAUUUCACAGCCAGUUCCUGGAAGAACAUUGAUUUCAUGGGCAAGGUCGGUGGCAGUGACGCCGGGUGGACUUUGGGCUACAUGCUGAACCUGACCAACAUGAUCCCAGCUGAGCAGCCGUUUUCCAAGCCUUUCUCCCACUCCACCUAUGUCUUCCUCAUGAUCCUCUUCUCCUCAAUUCUGGUCGCAGUGAUCGUCAUAGCCUUGUUUAUCUUUCACAAGCCUUCGUCUUUCUGGAAAGAAAUGAUAUAGCAGGAGCAGCUGAAAUCUGGCUAGAGUGAGAAAAAAAACAAACUUGCCCAGGGAGCACAUUCCUCUACAGUGUGGUAUACAAGGUCCGCCUUGCUUGCCAGAGCCGGUCCUGACGCAUCCUUGGAUUCUGCGGAAGCCUUUCCUUGGGAGGCAUUCACUGCCCUCUGCCUCAAGGACUGCUUGGCAGACACUCCUCCUUCUGAGUCUUUCCCAGUUACUGUCUUUCUUUUUCCUACUCUGCUUGUGGAGGUGUUAAAGACCUGUUAUGUUUCUUGACCUUUGCCUUAUAGAAAAACAGUACUGACUUUAUGGAGAAGAACUGAGAGUCCUGAGUGCCAUGCUGGAAGGUGGAGCUGGCUACCAGAAGAAUCCCAGGACUGGUUCAGUUGCACUCUUAAGACCCCCCCCCCUUUUUCCUCUUCUCAUUUAUUAAGAAAGCUGUACAAUGUUUGGAGAGAGCAGACAUACAUCCCAUUCCUAGCCUUGCCCUUUGGGUAGGAGAGUUUUCUAGAUUAGGCAAAAUAUGUGCUAAUGCCAAAGAAUUUUACAAGGAGAUCUAUGUGUCUGUGCAAUUAAUACAAUUCUUAAUCCCAUCUAAAACAGGGAUCUGAAUAAAUUACAUAUUCCUGGGUAAUGCCAAAAUGCUAGAGUAGAACUCUCAGACCAGAGAUUUUUUAAAACUAGACAGACUUAUAGGCACUCAGAUAUCAGGGCAUACUACAUAGUACAUAUACACAUGUCAGGAAGAAAAACUCAGGGACAGAAAAAUGCAUCAUCCAAUGCUUCUUUAUGGGGUCUUAUUUUUGUUAUGGGAAAAUACACACAAUGUAAAACUCACCAUUUUAACACUCAAUUCAGUACGGUUCAGUGGCAUUCAGUACAUUUACAAUGUUAUGCAACUAUCACCUCUAGUUAGUUCCAUCACACUUUUACCACCAAGAAACUGGCUGGAGAAAAGACCAUCCCUAAGUAGGCUGAAACCUCAGACCUUUCCGUUAACAGCUGGUUGUGCUAACAACGAUGGUGCAUUGAAUUUUAAAGUCAUGCCACAUCUUACUGUCCCAGGGUUUAGUUUCAUGAGAGAGAAGUAUCAGUGUGGAAUGGUGUACUUUUGCCUGCAUGGUAUCCAAGUCUGAAAGUGUUGUCUGUAUUGGCUUUAUUUACUUAUUCCAGGGAACAUUUUGUGAGAGAAGCAACAACUAUGGGCAUUAUCAUGGAAGCAUGAAGAGAUAUUCCUUUUUUCUUUUUGGGACCACUCCAAGAGUUAAACAGUUGAACAGGAUUGAAAGGUGAUUUAUAUUCUGAUCUUGCCCCAUGUUUUGUCCCUCUCUGGAUCUGGGGACUGAACAUUGAGAGGAUGGGGGAAGAAAAACUCUCACAAACUAGAAGCCAAAUGUUCCUAUAUCUCUUGAAUAAUUAAAAGUCAUUUUUGCCAACAACCAGGUGAAUACAAACUUAAUAAAGCUGUGGACAGGAACUUUUCUGGACCUUGAUUGGGAAUGAGAAGCAAAGCAGACAGGUUCAAGUCUUGAUGGAGAAUUUACUGUGCCAAGCUUUGUGCUCAAGUGUAUCCAUUAGUUUUCUCAUUGAACUCACAAUGAUCUGAGGAGGGCAAUACUCACCACUCCCAAUGCUCAGGGAAGAACUGACAUUCAAAUUCUUGUCUUCUGCUCCAAGCCCAUUGCCUUUUCUUUCUUAAACAAAUACUCUCUGCAAAUUAGAACUAUAAUUCACAAGCUUCCUUCAUAGAACACAAUCUUUUCUAAUUCCACUAGUUUCAUUGUCAAGCCCCCCACCCCCACCCCCUGCAACCAUGUUUAACAUAUUUGGGAGCUGAACUCCACUUGUCAAAAUCUCAAAUAGUGCAGACAAUCAGUAGGUACAAUCUAAUCUCAGUUCUGUUGGAGGAAGGUUGAGGUCAUUCUGAAUGGGGCAGGCCAAGGAAGAUGCAUCACUAUCAACUGAUUUUAAUAUCUGGUUGGUUACUGGUUCUAACUGAUCAUCAUUCCUCCCUGGACUUUCUCCUAGGACUCAAAACUUUGUAAUGUAACCUUGUUCCUUUAUAAGAUGGGAUUUUUUUCUAGGUACACACAGUGGCUGGA